AUGGCGUCAGCAUUGACUCACAUCGGAGCAACGCGUCUCGCCACCAUUCGUCCAGAGCCCACCGCCACUCUCAGAACUCCCGCGAGCCAGCCUUCGUCCUUAACAUGGUUACCACCAGCCGGUAUACGCCACUCUGUGUCGCGAGUUUCCGCUGAUCUCGUCGGGGCGCGGCCCAGUCACGGCUGGCCGCACGGAGGCAACCGCUCGGCGCGCUUAGAGGUGACGGCGAGGGCGGGAGGCGCGCGGCCGCGGCCCGCUGGUGCGCGGCCGUCGCAACGGCCGCCGAUGAGACGGCAGCAGCAACAGACGGAGGAUAAGGACGGACCGCUGAUGAACAGUGAUAUCAGGGUGCCCACGCUGCGGCUGCUGGCAGAGACCAGGCUCUGGCGUGCUGCGGCGUGCUGCGGCGUGCUGGGGUGUACUGGGGUGUGCUGGGGUGUACUGGGGUGUGCUGGGGUGUGCUGGGGUGUGCUGGGGUGUGCUGGGAUGUGCUGGGGUGUGCUGCUGCGAUUCCACCCAGAGGUGAUGAUAGCAGCGGAUGCCAAGCCGCCUGUGGCACGAAUCAUGGACUACAGCUUCUCUACCCUUUUCCCCUCCUCCACUUUUCCCUCCUGCAACUUUCUUCUCGCCCAUCGCCCCUCCCCACCCAACCCCUUCCCUGCUCCGGCCAUUUGUCUAGUAAGGCAUGCGUCCACUUGUCGUGCCGACAUACCUGUAAAACAUCGACACGGGGCGAUUACAAGGUACAACAUUGACACGGGGGACUACAACGUGCGCCUCAAGCAGGCGCUCAAAUUCCUGCACGAUGGCGAUAAGGUGAAGCUGACGGCGCAGUUCAGAGGGCGCGAGAUGGAGUUCAAGGAGCUGGGGGUGAAGCUCUUUGAGAAGUUCCAACACGACGUCGCUGAGCAUGGUGUGGGCUGUGUUGCCUUCACCUGUGGGCACACUCUUGACCACUCACCUUCUUCCCUCUGCCCUGUUGCUCCCUCCCUGCAGCUGGCGAUAGUGGAGUCGAAGGCGCAUCUGGAGGGGCGAUCGCUGGCGAUCGUGGAGUCGAAGGCGCAUCUGGAGGGGCGGUCGAUGCACAUGGUACUGGCGCCCAACAAGGCCGUGCUGCAGCGCAUGGCUGCCGCCGAGGAAAAGAGCCGGCGGGCGGCGGAAAGGAGCAAGCGUGCCGAGACGCGUGGAGUGGUGUCUGGGAGUGAGAGUGACGGGGGGGAGAGUGGGGGGGAGAGUGAUGGGGAGAGGCGAUGGGGAGGAGGUGGUGGAGGUUGUGAAAGAGAAAAGUGGGCGGCAAUAGGUGAUGUGGAAAAUUUGGGUGAAGAAAACGAAACGAAAUGCAUAUUUUUGGAGAUAAGCUAUAAUGGUAGUUUUUGGUAG